CUCGUUCGCACCACCACCCACCUGACUCGACAGCUGCCAGCUCGUUCCUUCCUGUGAGAGAAAUCUUAAAAAGGCCAUGGCAACCAAUAUCACCUGGCACCCGUCGCUCACACGGCACGAGAGGAACCAGCUGCGUGGCCAACGCGGCUUCACUGUCUGGUUCACCGGCCUCUCGGCCUCGGGCAAGUCGACCGUCGCAACCGCCCUCGAGCAGCACCUGCUCCACAUCGGCCUCGCUGCCUACCGGCUUGACGGCGACAAUGUGCGCUUUGGGCUAAACAAGGACCUGGGCUUCUCGGAAAAGGACCGUAACGAGAACAUCCGCCGCAUUGCCGAAGUCGCGAAGCUCUUCGCCGAUUCCUCCACUAUUGCCUUGACCUCCUUCAUCUCCCCGUACCGCGCCGACCGACAAGUCGCACGAGACCUACACGCCAAUGCUUCCCAAGCGGGCGACGAUCCCAUACCGUUCAUCGAGGUCUUUGUCGACGUUCCCCUCGAGGAAGCCGAGAAGCGGGACCCCAAGGGCCUGUACAAAAAGGCGCGGGCAGGCGAGAUCAAGGACUUCACUGGCAUCUCGGCCCCCUACGAGGCGCCCGAGUCGCCCGAGAUCACCAUUCGAACGGACCAGUUAAGCGUUGAAGAAUGCGUGCGCCAGAUUGUGGAGUACUUGGCGGAGAAGGGCCUCAUAACCCAGACGCAGGAGACCAGGUGAUGACAAUUGGUCCAAAAGCAUCUGAUUUAUCCUGCCUCGAAGGGUACGGUCCAUAGACAUCGUAAGUUAGGAACAGGGAAGAGCGGUGUUGCUGCUUUCCGUCUCUGAGAGACCUGGCCUUGAGCGGUGAGAAUAAGGCCAUCAAGCUUCCAAACCGACAGCUGCAUUACACCUCGAGCCCGCCUUCUCUCCUGUAUCGUGUAGUCCCUCCUCCCUACCAUGCUGUACUGGCUCAGCUCGAAGCUGAUCAUGGAAAGUCGAUUUCGUAGUACACAUAUGCCGUGUACUCGCUGCCCUCGGCCGCCCCCAAGCCAGCGGCAGCCAUCUCAGACGUUAGUGAUGCGUCAUCUUUGGUGACUCGUCCUCGUUUAUCCCUCCCAAACGCAUUUCCGCCGAGGAAUGAAUAUG